ACUAGUUGCUCAUUGACAGUACAAACAGAUACACAAAUAACCAUUCUCAGUCACAGAGUUGGUUAACUCAAAGGAAGGUGCACACACCAGAACAGAUAAGGACACACGCGUCAGCUCAUCCUGUUGAAGAUGAAGACUUUGAAGCAGUUAAUGAAGGAUUGGAGGUAUCCUACCUCUCUGCUCUGCAUCUAUGGGUUUUUCAGCACAGUGAAGCCAUUAGAACCGUUCCUCAUCCCGUAUUUAACUGGACCAGACAAGAAUUUAACUAUGGAGCAGGUGGCCAAUCAGAUUUUCCCAGUGUGGACGUAUUCUUACCUGGGAGUGCUGGUUCCUGUUUUUCUCCUCACUGAUUGGCUACGUUACAAACCUGUGGUGGUCUUUCAGUGCUCGGCCCUCUUUGUCACCACAGCGAUGUUACUGUGGGUAAAUGGUGUACUGGAAAUGCAGGCUAUGCAGUUUAUGUAUAGUGUGGUGACGGCGUGCGACGUGGCUUACUUCUCAUACAUCUACAGCAUGGUGGAGUUGAAGCACUAUCUGAAAGCCACCUCCUACAGCCGGACAGCCCAACUUCUGGGCUACACUGUGGGCUCGGUGCUGGGUCAGGUGCUGGUAUCUUUAGAACUACUCUCCUACAAAAACAUCCUUGUGUUCACACUGGUGCUAACCUCCAUCGGAUGGCUCACCUCAGUCCUUCUCCCAAUGCCCAAGACAAGUAUGUUCUUCCAUCAAAAGAGGAGAUCUAGUGGAGAGGAUGAAGAUGUACAUGAGGGCAGUGUUGGGGCAGAGGAUGCAGAUGCGGUCAUAGAAGAAGGGUCUUUGACAAAGGACGUUUCUCAAAGCAGUGGCCAGUCCAGCUCUGAAAAUCAUCUAGAUGAUGUAGAGAUGAAUGAAUCUGAGAAACGGCAGAAAGAAGUGGAAGGUUCCAGUGAUAGCAACAGUACAAAAAGUGCAAAGACAGGGGGCUGUGGUGAUGUUCUGCUCCGGUUAUGGAGGGAUUUUCGGCAGUGCUACUCCUCUCGUACAUUGCUUUACUGGUCGGCGUGGUGGGCGCUGUCCACCUGCGGCUACAACCAGACUGUGAACUACGUCCAAGCCCUAUGGGAGCAUGUGGAGCCAUCUAAUAACUUCACAGUCUACAAUGGAGGAGUGGAAGCAAUCUCAAACCUAUUUGGGGCCGCGGCUGCAUACGGUAUAGGUUUCUCAUCAGCGGACUGGUCUCGCUGGGGAGAGAUCUCUUUAGGUGCUCUCUCAGCCCUGGAGAGCGGUGCUCUCUUCGCUAUGGUCUUCAGUGCCAACAUCUGGGUGUGUUAUUGUGGUUAUGUCAUCUUUAAGAGCCUCUACAUGCUACUCAUCACAAUAGCCAUGUUUCAGGUAGCAGCUGGAUUAAACAUGGAGCGUUAUGCUCUGGUGUUUGGAGCCAAUACAUUCUGCGCUCUGGUGUUUCAGACCAUUCUCACUUCAGUGGUGGUGGAUAGCAGAGGACUGGGGCUGGAUAUAGUCACACAGUUUAUCAUCUACGGUGCGUAUUUUGGCAUAAUAGCAGUCCUUUUCUUCGUGAGAGGUUUGUAUACAACGUGUCAAAGGUCCAAAAUGGAACCACAGCAACAGAUGCCAGAAGAAACCCAUGAGGCAGAAAAUGAUGCACGAAUCAUCAAUGGAUCAAAACUAUAGACAAGCAUCAAAAUGUAUUCCAAUCGUAACAAAACAAGUGACGUCAGUCUGAAUAUUCUACAAACAGAAACACAGUGACUUUUUCUUAGGUAAAAUUCAUUUUAAUAUA